CCUUGCAUAAAUAGGCAAAAUGGUUGGCAACACCCACCCGAAGUUGGCCGCAAAUUGUACUUGUCAAUUGUUUUUCUCUUUUUUCUUUCUUUUGACUUCCUUUUGAUUGUGAACCAGCCGUAAUAUGUCUAAGAGAGGACGUGGUGGUACCGCGGGAGGAAAAUUCCGCAUCUCCCUUGGUUUGCCUGUUGGCGCUGUCAUGAACUGUGCUGACAACACAGGUGCCAAGAACUUGUUUGUCAUCGCUGUCCAUGGUAUCCGUGGUCGUUUGAACCGUUUGCCAGCUGCUGGUGUUGGUGAUAUGUUUGUUGCCACCGUUAAGAAGGGUAAACCAGAAUUGAGAAAGAAGGUAAUGCCCGCUGUGGUUAUUCGCCAGAGAAAACCUUUCAGAAGGAGGGAUGGCGUGUUUAUAUACUUUGAGGACAAUGCGGGGGUGAUAGUAAAUAAUAAGGGUGAAAUGAAAGGUUCCGCCAUUACUGGUCCCGUCGCCAAGGAAUGCGCUGACUUGUGGCCCCGUAUUGCCUCCAACGCCAGUUCUAUUGCUUAAAUUUUUUUAUUUUACAAAAACAAAAUAAACAAAAGAAAGUGACCACAAAAAAUAA